AUCAUUCGGGACGUCAUCACUGCGCCGCCCUGUGGGCAGCAUGGCGAGGCCCGGGCCUGGUCGCCUGGCUCUGGGCCUGGCGUUGGGAGCGGCGGGACUAGGCCUCAGCCUCGGCCUGUUGUGGGCAUGGAGGCGGCGGAGGAGGCGGCGGGGCCGGGGGGCGGCUGUGGAGCGGGCCGGAGGAACGGCGGUACGAGGGGACGGCGAGGAGGCUGCGGGGAGACGGAGGCAGGCUUUGCCCAGAAAGGCGGCUCCUGUAGAGGCAGGAGGAGAUUACGCUGUGUACACACCGCUGUUAACACAAGGAGAGCAGGUGGAUGUGCUGGAACGCUUGGAUUUCGUGCUGACCAACAUCUCAGAGCUGAGGAAGGAGGUGGAGGAGCUACAGAACAGCCUGCAGCACCUGGCUGCUGACAUUGUGGGGGAAGUCAGGUCCCAUCUGGAAGAAACCCAGAGAGCAACACGCCGAAGGCGGUUCCCAUUCUAUAGAGAAAGAAGUGAUUCCACAGGGUCCAGUUCAAUUUAUUUCACUGCUAAUUCAGGAGCAACCAACACAGAUGAUGGAGAAAGUGAAGGCGGGUACACCACGGCCAAUGCUGAGUCUGAUUAUGACCGAGAGUCUGAGAAGGAGAGUGAAGAAGGGGAGGAUGAAGUGAGCUGUGAAACAGUGAGAACAGCAAGGCGGGAUUCCCUGGAUCUCGUUAACGAGGAUGAAACACGUUUAAUGCUCGAUUCCUCACUGGAUGAAGGACUGGGCCAGCUGCUGCAGCAAGCAGACCACUUGCACAAUGGAGAUGAGCAGGAAAAGAGAGAGGGAUUCCAGCUGCUGCUGAAUAAUAAACUGGCGUAUGCAGACCAGGGAGACUUUCUUUGGCGCCUGGCCCGAGCACACAGUGACAUGUAUGAUAUCAUAGAAGACACAGAUGAGAAGAAAUCAUAUGCAUCUGAUGGGAAAGAAGAACUGGAGAUCGCCUUUCAGAAAUGGGAUCAAAGUGCUGAGUGUCAUCAGUGGUAUGCCAUUCUCUGUGGGCAGCUAGCAGAACAUGAGAGCAUCCAGAAGCGCAUUCAAACUGCGUAUAUCUUUAAGGAACACAUUGAUAAAGCGAUUGCACUGAAACCCGAGGACCCAAAGUCUUACUACCUGUUGGGCAGGUGGUGUUACCAGGUUUCCCAUCUGGGAUGGCUUGAAAAAAAGACUGCUUCUGCUUUGUUUGAAACCCCUCCUACAGCCACUGUACAGGAUGCACUGCAAAACUUCUUAAAGGUCGAGGAGCUGAGCCCGGGGUUUUCCAAAGCAGUAAGAGUGUACAUUGCCAAGUGCUACAAGGACCUGGGGAACAACUCCGCAGCUCUUCUCUGGAUCAAUCUUGCUUCAGAACUGCCAGUUAACACUAAAGAGGAUUCAGAAACUGAGAGAGAGCUUGAGGAGAUGCGAUCGAUCUUGGAAGAAUAAAGGCAGAAGAGCUCAUUCCACUCAACACCGCACAGACAGUAAAACUCCACUGAAAGGGGUUUUAUGAUCCUGACAGGUUUGAUUGCACAGCAUAGAUAAGCCAGAGGAGCUGCCGGGAGGACACACUCAGCAGUAACAUCAGCUAUUCCAGGAAAGCAUCUCGGUGGGAUUUAAUAAGAUAAAAUGUUGUGUUACUUCCCUACUGAGAGCACAGAGUAUGUUUGCUUUUAAAAUUCCUUUUAAAAAAAAAAGCCAAAUAGUCACAAAAAUCGACCAGAUAUAAGCAUGUAGGAGUAUAUAUGCAUAUAUAUACAUGUAUGUAUAUGAUACCUGAAUUUCAGGUCUGCUUGCUGAGAAACUUCCCGGGGAAGUCCUCAGCAAAUAUUUUUCUCUCAUUUGACUGUUUUCCUUUGUAAAACACACUUGUUGAAUCAGUUGGAGUAACUGAUUGCAUCUUCGCAUAGUCGUCCUGCUGAGAGAAAUGUGAGAGUUGAUGGGCAUUAUAAGGCUGAUUUUUUAGCACCCUGAUGCACUGCAGGCCAUGGGAGUUCCUCGUUUCCCUCAGCCUCUUGUUUCAAAUGGGCACUGACGCAAUGGCUUGAGGAGAGGCCACCCUAAAAAAGGACUAUACUGACUUCAGGUAAGUGAGUUGCCAGUCCUUUCCUUCCUUGCUGUGAGAAAACUGAUGUCCAAAACACAGUCCUGCUGGUCCUGUCUGGUUAUACCUAAACUACCUUCCUGGUUUUCUAUUGAGGAGAAACCAGCACUGCUCCUUACAGUGAGAAAACACUGAGGGACCAAGAAGAUGUCUUUCACAAGAUCUUCAUUUUUAAGAGGUCAUCAGAACAACAAGUAAUGAGGUUUUCAACUUCAGGACUUUCUGCUGGUGACUUUACUCACAUGAGAGCAAAAACUUGAUGUGUCCCUCCAAACUAUGCAGCUUUGGUUUAGAUAUAACAGCUUAGCACGUGUUUAUCAGUGUAACACUGGUUACAGGAACAGAAAUAUUCCAUGGCAGAGCUGACACUUUGAUGAAUAUUCCUCCAGUUCUUGUUGACAAAUGCAUUGGCACUGAGAAAAUGGAGUUGGCAGCUUCUGGGUAACAAACAAAUUAAACUUUGCUGUAUGCUGACAAAAAGGGUGAAAAGCAAAAACAGUGUUCAGAAAUCUCCCAAAGGUGAGUGAGGCUUCAUAGCACGUUUCAGCUUCUCCCCAUUGAUGUUACUUUCAUAAAGUAGAUGUGUAACUCACAGACUUCCCAGCUUAGACAUUUGACUCUUUUUAGCUAUUUUUAUGUUGGCCUAAUUGGAACUCUUUAUUGUUCUGAUUUGCUUGAGACUAUAAAUAUUAUUCUUACCAAUGGAGAACUGAAUUCUACCAGGCUGAAUUGAUUGAAUCUUUGCCAAAAGGUACCAAAAGUCCACAGCUUUUCUUACUUGCAGGCCUUCACCUGUUGUCUAACUCGUCACCAUUAGAGGUGGUUUUGAAUUAGGUAUUUUCUGGAGGUAGUUCACGUGUUGUGUUUUCCAAGGUGUAAUUUCUCCUUAUUUUUCCAUUUCUUUCUUGCUUAAUAUCUGUUCCCAUACAGUGAGCAACCAUAAGUUUGAGGGAAGAAAAUGCUCAUUUGUUUUUCUGUUCAUCUUUUGCUUAGGCUCCCUCACUGCGUUAGGUUUCAGUGUUUCGCAUUGUGUCCCAUGUAUGUUUAGUGGGGUGAUGUUGUAAAUCUCCUUAGCUUUAAAAGAGUCUUUAGCUUUAAGGGUCCCCUUAGCUUUAAAAGUGCCUUCUUUAAUUUGGCACAUACUCUGCAGAUUAAUCCCUAAGUACAAUGUACUUAGUCUCAAAGAUGCCUGCACUGUACGCUCACAGAAAUUGGGUUUUCAUAGUAGAAGACUCAUGUUUUUCUAGGCUGAUUGCUGCCUUUGGAAACACACCUCCCUGUGGCUGAACUAUGAAACUGAAGAAUAACUGAAGCUGCUUAAUUUAUCCUCACUCUGCUGGUCUGUUUGAGAUAAGGUAUUUGUAAUCAAAGAAGGCAAUCCUGCUUCAAGUUUCCUGUGUCAGCUGUCUUGCUUGUUGUGUUGCUACAUAGACAAGUGAAGAAACUUGAUAGUUAGGAGGAGGUCUUACAAAGUAUUGUGGUGUUUGUAUGUGUGGUGGUGUGCUGGAAUAUUAUGGGAAGGUAACAUGUAAAACUGUUGUUUAUAUAUCACUGAUUAUAUAUAUAAAUGUGUUUAUUUAAACAGCGUGGGUUACACCUCUAGCACAUUUUGUAUGUAAAUACCAUGAAUGCAGCUUAUGUUUCUACAUUGCACCAAAGUAAUACAGCCACACACUGUGGUGAGCAGCAUGCUCCAGGUGAGGUUGUCUCAAUAAAUGUGAGUGAUGAGCUGUGA